AUGCAUCUCGCCGGAGUUGCAGUAUUCUCUGCACUUGUGCUCGGAGCAUUCAGCGAGCAUUUGAAGAUUCCCUCGGUUGACGCCAUCGUCGAGAAAACUUUAGAGCGCGCUGACAACUAUGUUCACUUCGAAGGGGCCAAUUCCACGGAUUCAACGGUCUCAAAGCGACAGGGAGCUUCUUACUGGUACGAGAACAUUGCCCAUCAAGGAAAAUCUGCGUUUGGCCCUGGCGGAUAUACAGUAUACCGAAAUGUCAAGAGUUACGGUGCCAAAGGAGACGGUGUCACGGAUGACACUGCAGCUAUCAAUGCCGCAAUUAGUGACGGUGCCCGUUGUGGCAGAGGAUGUGGAUCGAGCACAACGACACCAGCCGUUGUUUAUUUCCCAGCUGGAACCUACCUGAUAUCUUCUUCUAUCAUUGAUUUGUACUACACGCAGCUCAUUGGUAACCCAAACAAUGUCCCGGUCUUGAAAGCUACAUCUGGAUUUUCAGGGUUUGGUUUGAUUGAUGGAGAUCCAUACUUCACCCAGGAUUUGAACUGGGGCUCCACAACCGUUUUCUUCAGAGAAGUCCGGAACUUUAUCCUCGAUAUGAGAAAUAUACCCGCAUCAGCAGCUGCAACCGGCAUACACUGGCCUACCGCACAAGCUACAAGCUUGCGAAACAUCGUUUUUCAAAUGAGUGCGGCAUCUGGAACUCAGCAUGUUGGUUUAUUUUGUGAAAGUGGCUCUGCGGGAAUUAUCACUGAUUUGACAUUUAACGGCGGUAAGAUUGGUGCGCAAGUCGGCAACCAGCAGUUUACAAUGCGUAACCUCGUAUUCAACAACUGCGUGACGGCGAUUCAGCAAAUCUGGAACUGGGGUUGGCUAUACCAAGGUCUCAGCAUCAACAACUGCCAAAUAGGUAUUGACAUGUCGACUGGUGGCCAAGCAUCAGCAGCCGUUGGCUCAGUCACAGUGAUUGAUAGUACUAUUACAAAUACCCCGAUUGGUAUCCUUACAGCUUACGAUUCGACUACGGUCCCGGCUACGGCAAACAGCCUCAUCAUAGAAAACGUCGUUCUCAACAACGUCCCAACUGCAGUCAAGGUUUCCGGUGGUCCAACCGUUCUUGCUGGUGGCUCAACGACGAUUGCUGCGUGGGGCGAAGGACACAGAUAUACUCCUCAAGGCCCUGAGCGAUUCCAAGGCUCAUUUACACCAAACAACAGACCAGCUUCUCUUGUGAGUGGUGGUAAAUACUACGUCCGAUCAAAGCCACAGUAUGAAACACUUCCCGCGUCCUCAUUCGCAAGUGUACGAAGUGCUGGCGCCACCGGAAAUGGUAACACGGAUGACACAAACGCACUGCAAAACAUUAUCAAUAGCGCCACCUCAGCCGGACACGUCGUCUACUUUGAUUCUGGAACUUACAAAGUAACAAAAACGCUUGUGAUACCAGCUGGUGCCAAGUUGGUGGGUGAAGGCCUUCCAAUUAUCCUGUCUAGCGGCAGCUUCUUCAACGACAUGAACAACCCUCAGCCGGUUGUAAGAGUAGGUACCCCAGGUGCUACCGGGCAAGUCGAAUGGUCCGACAUGAUUGUCAGCACACAGGGCGCCCAGGCUGGUGCCAUACUCAUUGAAUGGAAUCUCGCGACAUCCGGAACACCGUCUGGAAUGUGGGAUGUGCACACCCGCAUUGGUGGGUUCGCCGGAUCAGACCUCCUUCUCGCCAACUGCCCAUCCACUCCUGGAAGCACGAACAUCAACACCAAUUGCAUUGCAGCGUACAUGUCGAUGCACAUCACAGCUUCAGCUUCCGGAUUAUAUAUGGAGAAUAAUUGGUUUUGGGUUGCUGACCACGACCUUGAGCAAGGGGGCACACAGACGACGAUCUACGCCGGUCGAGGGGUACUUAUUGACAGCGCCGCCGGAACAUUCUGGCUUGUCGGCACAUCAAGCGAGCACCACACCUUAUACCAGUAUCAGUUAGCAAACACCAAGAACAUCUUCCUAGGCUUUGCCCAGACUGAAACCCCAUAUUAUCAACCCAAUCCUCCCGCACCAGCGCCAUUUAAGGUAGUUGCCUCCCUCAACGAUCCUGAUUUCGCCGCAUCUUGCGCCGGUAAACCCGCGAACUGCGCAGAUGCUUGGGCCUUCCGUGUCGUCAACAGUCAAGACAUUCUCCUCUACGGUGGUGGGUUUUACUCAUUCUUCAACAACUACGUCGGCACCUGCUCCGCCCCAGGCGCCCUCGACUGCCAAACCAGCAUCGUCAGCCUCGAAGGCAACCUUCGCAACAUCAACAUGUACACCCUCAACACAGUCGGCUCAACCAACAUGCUCACCUCCAACGGCGUCAGCCUCGCCUCUUUUAGCGACAACGUCAACGUCUUUCAAGACACCAUCGCCCUGUUCCAGCUCGCCGCCCAAAACGGAGGCCUGCCACCUACUAGUACGGUUGUGCCUAGCACCAUGUCCACCGUGACGACCUCGUCGCCAACCUCGACCGCGGGGCCGGGCGGGUGGAAGUUCCUAGGCUGCUACAUGGACAACGUCUCCGGUCGCGCCUUGCCCCUCGGUAUUCCAGUUCCCGGCGGCUCUGGCGCCAUGACCGUCGAGGCGUGCACGGCCGGUUGUCACGCCCAAGGUUACGUAUUAGCUGGCCUGGAGUAUGCGGGCGAGUGCUUUUGUGGAAAUGCGCUGCAGAAUGGAGGAGCACCGGCGACGGAUGGAAACGCGGGGUGUAAUAUGGCGUGCAAUGGCAAUAAAGCGCAGAUGUGUGGAGGACCAAAUCGGUUGGACUUGUAUACAUACACGGGGUAGUCGUAGGAACCGAC